UUGCAAGAAAUUGAGGAACUAGGCAAAGCCAAUCCAAUUGAAGAAUUGCCACCAACACCAGAUGCAAUAUUCACCAUAUCAUUCACAUCAGGAACAACUGGCUCCAAACCAAAAGGUGUCAUGAUUCCUCACAGAAGUGCUUCCUCUUACAUUACCUUUAUUGCUUGUUAUGAACCACAAGCUAAACUCGGCGACAUUGCUUAUAUUUUCCUCCCAUUGACACAUUUACUAGAAAGAGAAACUAGUGCUUUUGCAUUUUCUGCUGGUUAUGCAUUGGGAUUCCCGCAAACGACAGUUGGCCAGACUGGUCUCAAUACUUUUUCGAUUAUGGUUGAUGACUUGCGGAUUUUAAAACCAACAUAUAUGUCAAUUGUCCCUAGAUUAUUGACUAGGUUGGAAAGUUUGAUUAAAGAAAAAGUCAAGGAGCUCAAACCAGACGAACAACAUAAGGUGAAUCAGAUUAUUGAGUACAAGCUUCGUGAACAAGCCAAGUUUGAUGGUUCUGCAGCCUAUGAUGCAACUUUUGAUUCGUAUCUUCCUUAUGAAAAUUUGCGUAAAUUUAUCGGUUAUGAUAGGUUGAGAUGGGUGCAAACAGCUUCUGCACCAGUCGCAUCAACAACUUUGGCGUACCUCAAGGCAAGUUUGAAUAUGGGUGUGCGCCAAAUGUAUGGUUUGACAGAAUCAGGAGCAGCAAUUACAUGUACUGGUGCAUAUGAUGCUCAAGCAGGAACUUGUGGGUCCAUAGCUCCAACUGCCGAGUACAGAUUGCGUAGUGUAAGAGAUAUGGGAUAUGAUGUGGCAAAAUUACAAGGGGAAGUGAUGUUGCGAGGACAACAAAUGUUUAAAGGAUACUACUAUAAUCAAGAAGAGACUGAUAAGUGUAUUAAUGAGCAUGGAUGGUUUCAUUCAGGCGAUAUUGCCACAGUUGACGAGAAUGGGCGAAUCACCAUUAUUGAUCGGGUGAAGAAUUUCUUUAAGAUGGCACAGGGUGAGUAUGUCUCUCCGGAAAAGAUUGAAAACCGAUACUUAUCAUCAAACACUAUAAUCAAUCAAUUGUAUGUGCAUGGCAAUUCGUUGAAGUCUUAUUUGGUUGGUAUAGUUGGAAUUGAUUAUGAACAAGGAUUGAAAUUUCUCAAUAGUGAAUUUGGUAUCAAUAGAAUUGGCAUGAGAGAAGAGGAGAUGUUGCACCAUUUGAAUAAAAUUGAAGUCAAGACUAGAUUAUUAACGAAAUUGAAUGAUAAUGUACGUAACCACUUGAAUGGAUUUGAGUUGUUGCAUAAUAUCCAUAUUGAAAUUAAUCCAUUGACGGUUGAAAGAGAUGUUGUUACUCCGACUUUUAAAUUGAGGAGACCAAUUGCACAGAAGUUUUUCGCCAAUGCUAUUCAUAAAUUGUAUGAGAUUGAACAAAGUUUGCUAGCUGGUCCAAAAUUGGGACUUGCCAAGUUGUAA